GUCUCUGUUGUCUCUCAGCAUUUAUGAAGAGACGUUGACUCCUUCACCAUGUUGCUCUCCUUGUUGCCGCUGCUGCUGCUGCUGCUGGUCAGAGCUUCACAAGCCACUCAUUUUCUGGGCACCAUGAUGACCUACUACCCAGGGAAAACUUUUGCAGAUGGUUCAGUCUCAGUGAUCCUUCGCUAUAAGUUGAAUUUUGUCUCAUGCAUAGAUAGUGAUGCAUGGCAAUGUAAUGGCAACUGUGGAGCACAAACACAAACACUCAACUUGUCUGUGGUUGAGGAAGUAAGCGGUGAAUGGUGUCAGAGAGAAGGAGCGAUAACUCGUCUGCUGCCCAACAACGCUGGAUUUGAGACUGUGUUGGCUAGUGGAAACUGGAUCAAUAGCAUACAAAAUGGGAUUUCAUCCUGGAGAGCUGUGACUGCCGUUGAAAUGAGGAACCGGUCGGACAUCGGAAAACCCAACACAUCCCCACAGACCACCAUCCUCCCUGCUUUGAGAAUUCCUUCAAACUGUGCCAAAAACAUAGAUUUAUUGGCCUUUGACCCUGAUGGAGACAAAGUGAGAUGCAGAUAUGGAAACACAUCAGCUUCAGAGUGUAACCCGUGUACACCGCCGUCUGUCCUCAACGUCUCAUCCAACUGUUCUCUGUCAUUCAGCCCAACAUACAGCAAUACUGUGCUUCCAUACGCCGUCCAGUUGGUGAUCGAGGAUUUUCCCAAACAGGACAUAAUUCUGACUCAAACUAACGGCUCACAGGUGGUAAAAACUACCAAUGAUGCCAUCAGCAAGAUACCUCUGCAGUUUGUUUUGAAAGUGGGUCCACCAGUACCGUCCUGUGAAGAUGGCGCCUAUCUGCCCAGAUUUCUGCCUCCAACUCCAGAAAACAGAGCUCAGCUCUUCGCCCCCGCUGGUCAGGCUCUGGUAAUCAACAUCAGAGCUGAGGCGACUCAGUCUGUCAUCACCGGCCUCCGGUACAGCGGACCUUACAACGUGGUGAAGACGUCAUCGGGAUCAGGAAACUUCUCUCUGACCUGGACGCCAUCGGCCAGUGAAGAUGGACAGAGCCACCCCAUCUGUUUUGUUGUCCAGGCAAGUUACUCGAACACUUUGUUACACUCUGACCUUCGGUGUGUUAUCGUGACGGUUGGAAACGGCACACCAUAUAUCAUCGCUCUGAAUAUGAUGAUCUCUACCUCGCUGUCAAUGGAGGACGGCUCUGAUGCCAUCAUUGCUCUGAUUAAAAACACACUGGUUAACAAAGGGCUGCCUUCAACCAUAAGUCUUCGCCUCCUGAGCAGCGGUCAAGUGGUCGUCACAACACCGAGCCCCUAGAGGAACAUCACCAAGAACUAACUGAUCUCUAAAGGGAAAUGUAUUUUCAGAAGUCAUAAAUAUAUUUUUUGGGGUGAUUUUUUAUCCAAAACCAUCAGUCAACCGUUAUAAUUUCUUUUAUGCUGUUGUCAUAGCAACCUUCCAGACCUCUCAGGUCUUCUGGUUCUGCUCUGCAUCCCCAGAACCAGAACCAAACACAGAGAAGCAGCAUUCACCUUCUAUGCACCGCAAAUCUGGAACAAACUUAAAGAAAAGGCGAAACAGCUGAAACACUGAGUUCCUUUAAAUCAAGACACUGUUUUAGGUUGCUUUCAAACCAUAAAAAAUCCAAUAUUGAUCAACAUAUCUGAUGAGUAUUGAUGAUGCUAACAUGCAAUAUCUGUUACUGGUUUUCACAAUUGUUGACUGUAUGGAGUUCUUAUGUUUUUAUGUUUUCAUGAUGUAAAGCACUUUGAACUGCCUUGUUGCUGAAAUGUGCUAUACCAAUAAACUUGAUUGAUUGAUUGAUCUGAGAUACUCAUCUCAAGAGAAUACCUACUGAA